GGCUCCGUCUGGAACCUAGGGGACGCACUACGUGGAAGUAGACAUGGCGUGCGGCUUCCGCAGGUCCAUCGCCGGUCAGCUUUCCAGAGUAUUGGAUCUUCCACCAGAAAACUUGAUCAAGUCAAUAUCUGCAGUUCCAGUUUCCAGAAAAGAAGAAGUAGCUGAUUUUCAGCUUUCUGUGGAUUCUCUGUUGGGGAACAAUGACUAUUCAAGACCAGAUAUUCAAGUUCAAGCCACACAACUGGCAGAGAAGCUAAAAUGUGAUACAGUGGUGACUGAAAUCAGCACUGGUCAAGGGACUGUAAAUUUCAAAAUAAACAGAGAACUAUUAACAAAGACAGUGUUAAAACAAGUUAUCGAAGAUGGUUCAAAAUAUGGAUUAAAAAGUGAGCUUUUCUCUGGUCUUCCCCAGAAGAAGAUUGUGGUUGAAUUCAGUUCACCUAACGUUGCCAAAAAAUUUCACGUUGGACAUUUGCGUUCUACCAUCAUAGGAAAUUUCAUAGCAAAUCUCAAAGAAGCUUUAGGACAUCAAGUAACGAGAAUAAAUUACCUUGGAGAUUGGGGUAUGCAGUUUGGUCUUCUGGGGACUGGCUUCCAACUGUUUGGCUAUGAAGAAAAGCUCCAGUCCAAUCCUUUGCAGCAUCUCUUUGAAGUUUACGUACAAGUUAAUAAAGAAGCAGCAGAAGACAAAAGUGUAGCCAAAUCAGCACAUGAUUUCUUCCAGCGAUUGGAACUAGGUGACAUGCAAGCACUUGCACUAUGGCAAAAAUUUCGGGACUUGAGCGUAGAAGAGUACAUUCGGAUUUACAAGCGUCUAGGAGUACAUUUUGAUGAAUACUCAGGAGAAUCAUUUUAUCGUGAAAAAUCUCAAGAAGUCUUAAAGUUGCUGGACAGUAAAGGACUCCUGCAGAAAACAGUAAAAGGAACGGCUGUAGUGGAUCUUUCUGGGAAUGGUGACCCUUCCUCAGUUUGUACUGUGAUGCGUAGUGAUGGGACAUCUCUGUAUGCAACCAGAGAUCUUGCAGCUGCUAUAGAUCGAAUGGACAAAUAUAAUUUUGAUACAAUGAUUUAUGUGACAGAUAAAGGGCAAAUAAAGCAUUUUCAGCAAGUGUUCCAGAUGCUGCAGAUCAUGGGAUAUGACUGGGCAAAAAGGUGCCAACAUGUGCCCUUCGGAGUGGUGCAGGGAAUGAGGACUCGAAGAGGAGAUGUCACUUUUCUGGAAGAUGUCUUAAAUGAGAUUCGAUUAAGGAUGCUACAGAACAUGGCUUCUAUUAAGACCACCAAGGAACUGGAGAACCCGCAGGAGACUGCAGAGAGGGUCGGGCUGGCAGCGCUCGUUAUUCAGGACUUCAGAGGUUCCCUCUUAUCUGACUAUCAGUUCAGCUGGGACCGUGUCUUCCAGAGUCGUGGGGACACAGGUGUCUUCCUGCAGUACACGCACGCCCGCCUCCACAGUUUGGAAGAGACUUUUGGAUGUGGUUAUCUGGAUGACUACAACACUGCUUGUUUACAAGAGCCGCAGUCUGUUUCAAUUCUCCAGCAUCUUCUCAGGUUUGACGAAGUGCUUUAUAGAUCAUCUCAGGACCUUCAACCCAGGCACAUUGUCAGCUACCUUCUAACUCUAAGUCACCUUGCAGCUGUAGCACACAGAACACUGCCCAUAAAACAGAGUCCUCCUGAAGUGGCUGGGGCCAGACUUCAUCUUUUCAGAGCUGUCCGUUCUGUCCUAGCCAAUGGAAUGAAACUUCUUGGAAUAACACCUGUAACUUACUGCAUGAACUCGGGGACUGGAUACAUUGAAUAACAAGAAAUUACUUGUACAGAAACCGUUUACUUCACCUAUCUGCAUAUUGGUAAAAUGUUUUGUGUGAUUGUUUAGGUUAACAUGUGAUCUGUUUGAUCAGUAUGGCUGCCAGCAUUUCCAUUUGGGACUGCUGUAAUUUAUUUUAAAUGUUGCUACGAGAAGUCUUCUCUAGUAUCAGUAUCAGUGACUAUCUAAUUUUACGAAUCA